GCCGGAGCCCACGCGCCAUUGUUCUUGGCGUUGGCGGGAGCGGGCUCGCCCUCCUUCCUCCCACCUUCACCAUACAAGCCGUAAGUAGACGACCACGAAAUGACCACCGAGUGUGUUACGGCCGAAGACAACUCGGUCCUGGCAGCUGCUGACAGGCUUCUGCCUGUGGUGAUUUUCUCCAUCGUCCUAGCUUUCUUGCCAUAUUCGACACGGCAAUUGUUUCUGCAAUGGCGUGGCGUCCAAGCUCUUGAUGCCCAGGGCGUACCAAAAAAGAUGAAGAUGUCAGGCUCUGCCGCUGCUAAGACCAUCAGGUUCAGCCUUGGUCUCCUCGUCGGUCAGGUUCUCGUGUUCGCGACCACCAAGCUCGACAAUGGCCAGCGACCUAUUUUGAGCGUAAUCCGCCAAGUACUGGUACUUGUGUCGCCUGCUUUGUUGUUGUUUUUCAAUGCCUUCUCGCUGGCGAUGUUCUUGGGCCGCAUCACGAAGUGCUCCGAAACCCUCGUGACUCGAACCGUUGUCGAUCUUCAGACCGAGAAAGACAGCGUUCUCAAAGCGACCCUUGCGGUCGGUCUGCGACAAGAAUCAAAGUAUCGGCAUGCUCCAAAUUGGCUAUGCUACACGGUCGCUGCCUCGCUUUGCAUGUCCGUCGUCAUCUCCUUCUCGACCGGCAACGAGCCUGAGACAGUGCUUGCAUGCGCGCUCUUGUCUGCACUUGGCGCGGGAUCAUGGUCAACUUUCGUGCUACCCAGCACCUACGGCGUCAGCUCUUCCACGGGCCAGCUUUCCCUGCGCAACAGAUUGUACAUGGCAAGUCUCCUCCUCGUCAACGGUCUCAUUUACCUCUUCGAUGAAGUCAAGGCCACCGUUGUUGACCGACAGAGCGCCUUCAAGGAGCGCAAGCCUGGUCAAGACUUUUUCGAUGCCCUCCUAUCGGACAAGACGCUAUUCCAAUUCAUGGCGCUGGCUCAGAUCCUGAUCUGGACCAGUGCGGCUGCUAUCUCUGUCGAAAUCUGCGCCUUUGUCUAUCGCUUUGAAAUCUCGCGCUUGAACAACGCCGACAGCGAAGGGGCAGGAGAAUCGGUUUCCGAUAGCGAACUCUUGAAGCAGGCAAUUGCCGACACAGAAGCAGCGCAAGGCGAUUUGAUUCGGAGAACAGACAUCCGCUUCUGGUACGAUGCUACCCCAGUCUCUUUAUCUUCUCCGUCUCUCUCCGUCGCCAAGCCUUCACCCUCCGAGAUGCCCGUUCAUCGAGCGACAACGUGCUCCGUCAUCCUCGUCUAUCUGCUCUUCCUAUUUGAGCACCUUUUCUACCUCUCGCCACUGCUGCGCAAAAAAAAUGCCGUCCUGCAUUGGCCUCUGUUCCCGACAGAGGGCCAGAUGGUCAUGACGCAGUGGUACUUUCCUUCAGCUAUUUGCAUCUGCCCGGCAGUGUGCAUCUGCGUCGCUCUAGGCGCCAGCGCUUGGUACUGUGGUGGCAUGCGAGGUGUUCGCCAGCUUUGGGGAUACAAGGAGCAGUGGAACAUCAUCACGCCCGUCGAAGUUUUGAAGCUAGGUUGCCCUGCGACGACAGCUUCGAACGAGACAAAGGAAAGAAUGAAAGAUGAAAAGCCUCUCCAGCUCUCAGACUCAGGUGGCCUGCAUCACGCAGACGAGCGCAAAGACGUGGAAGAAGCGGCAGCUCUCCUCCGAGACUUUUUAAAACUCCGAUCUCAUUGAUAAGCUCAGACAUCUCUUCUCACAUCUUUGGCUUGGCUCACGAUGGAAACAAGUAACAUCAAUGAUUCCUUAAUGAAAAUUGGGUAGAUGUCUACUUCUAACAACAUCGGCAUGUUGCUAUACAUUUUCUCUUCAUGGAUCAAGUAAAUAGCUUCUAAAGGGAGCAGAAUCUUCAGCAUUCCAUCUUACUAAAAAGGUUCCUGGGAUCAGAGCAAUGCGUGGGGAGAGGCAGUACAAUGUCGAUACUAGCAACAAGGCCAAUGAACACAUCUCUGCGGC